AUGAAAUUAGGCUAGGUGUCUGAAAGAAAUGUAAAUUAGACAAAUGUCAAAUAGAAGAUUAAUGAUAUGAAGGAGAAGAUAUCAAAGCGAAAAAAUUAAGUAAUUAUUGAGAAUUAUAUUUAGAUUGCUACUAACUUUUCCCAAAGAGUCUAUCUUACACCCUGA